AUGUGCCAGUCUAAGGAGAAUGAUGAUGCACAAUCAACAGAGGAGAUUUCAACUGUCAAUGUUUCUGAACUGAAAGCUGCAAAGGUUGUAGAAGUGAAACAGUAUGAUGCAGAAGAUGCCCAGUUGCCACCAGCUGAAUAUGUGAAGACUAGGAUCUUUCCAGUACUUCUGCCCAUCUUAGCAGAAAUGUUGGAAGAGGCUCAACGGCGCGAGUGUUUCGAGGUAAGAUCGCGUUUUAAUGCUCAGCAAAUGGAGUUAUUAUAA